AUGGCAAGAACACGUGGUGCAUCUUUUAAUUCUCGAGUUGAGGAGCGAGCCGUUGAGGAACAAACAUAUGAGGCAUAUGAGACUCAUGGUGAGGAGAAUGCAUUUGAGGCCCCUAACGAUGAUGACGAUGAGGAGGAGCAUGCAGAUGUUCAUAACAUACAAGAGGAUGUCGGUGGAUUUCCUGGAGGUCCACACGAUCAUUCGAUGCUGACGCACUAUGUUCAGCAUGUAGCUUAUGCUAUUUCCAAAGGCCGGGAUCGAGGGAACACACUGAAGUUGAUCUCCCACGGAAAAAAAGUAAAUAAGUUAGGACCAUGCCACGAGGAAAUUCAAGACAUUGUGUUGAAUUCCAGUUUGAUGCCUCUUACAGGGAUUUGUUAUGAUUACGUUGAUAAGGGGUUACUCCUCGGAUUCAUAGAGAGGUGGCAUUUUGAGACCAGUAGUUUCCAUCUCCCUAUAGGGGAGAUGUCGAUUACUCUUGAUGACGUCUCGACAUUACUUCACCUGCCCGUGAUGGGACAAAUGUGUGAUUUGGAGGAGUUGGAGUUUGAGGAGGCUCGUACAGCCCUUGUGCAACUCCUCGGCGUUGAUGGUGGCACAACAGGUGCUGAGAUGGAGGACGCACGUGGUCCGAAAGUCAGACUCAGCUGGCUAAGAGAGAUAUAUGUUCAGAGGUGUGAGUCGCAGCAUUGGGACUAUGCUGCUAGAGCAUAUUUGUUGCAUCUAGUAGGAUGCACGAUUUUUGCAAUGACAAUCAAGUUGUAA